UAAAACGAAAUUUUCUAUAAGUUAACCCUAACCCGGGAGGAGUCGUUUCCCAGGCCUUUCGUCGCCACUGCUGAGUCGAAUUCUUGCUCCUUUCGCAACGCCGGCGAUCUUCUCCUUGCGGAAACCAAACUCGUCGAGCCGCAUCCAGCGAUCGGGGAUGGUUGCGUGGGUGUGCUGAGAAGCCGCUGGAUAUAUGAACUUAGAAUCCGCUUGAGGGUUUCCUCCUAGAAACCUCUGAUCGCUGCCAACCAGCUCAUUCUAUGAUCCUUUCUGCGUGAAUUUGAUUUAUCACUGCAUUUCUACAGACAUGAAGGUUAGAGCUUCAGUGAAGAAACUUUGUGAGUUUUGUAGGGUAGUUAAACGUCGUGGGAGAAUUUAUGUGUUAUGUACAAGCAACCCCAAACAUAAGCAAAGACAAGGCAUGUCUACAUUUGCAUACGAGGGCCUGUUGCCUCCUGAAUCCUCAUUCAUUAGCAGUAAGCAAGAAUCUUCAGCAACUAAUCAAUGGCCUAUAGGGAUUGCAUCUCUUCUUCAGAAGCAAGAUAAAUCCUUAGAUGUUGUGAGCAAGCAAGAACCUUCAGCAACUAAUCAGUCGCCUGUAGGUCUUGCAUCUCUUCUUCAGGAGCAGAAGGAUAAGUAAGUUUGAAAGAUAUGCCUGAAACUAAGAGUUGCUAUGAUGUUGCAGCCUAUUUACCUGAUGUUCUCUGUUCCAUGAUCUCCAUUCUGUUACUUUUUAGUCUCGAAGGAUGAUGCUAUCAAACUACAUCUUCAAAAAGUUUGCAUAAAAUUUUCCUUGAAACACAAACAAUGGCCAUUCAAUGAUAUCUUAAAUGCUAGUUUUGCUAGCCUUCAGGGCUUGGCACAUAUAUAGUAAGCGCAUAGUAUUCUAUCCGAAUCGGAUAGGGGCCGAUCUCAGGGCCACCGCCUGCAGAGACCCCACCAUGUCAUUGCCACUUGCUCCUGUUGAAUAUCCCUCCAUAUGACAUGGGGCUGUUGUAGGGGAGCCGUUAACACGUCGAUUCCACAUUUUUUUAAAUGUUAGUUUUGCCGCUUUACAUAUUUUUUGUUCAGCAUUCACAUUUUACCUUGGAAGUGCCAGUUGUUAGAAAUUAACUUGAAAAAUUUGGAUGAGGCCAUCAGACAUUUUUCAGUUACUGGCACAAUGUUUGGUUGAACCACAUAGUAACACAGACAUUGACCCGGUCAAAUAUAUUGGUCAAACAAAUUUAUAACAACAUGUUAAACUGGAAAAGUGUUGAUUGCAUAAACUGAUCAACUUUUUUCUUAAGCUUUUUUUCUUCGUUUUUCUUCCCUGUAAUACGAUCCCAUUGGCUCUGUAAAUUUGUUGACCUCACAGUUGGCAUAUAGAAAUUCAAUUUGGCCAAAAUUUUCAACGUCAUUGAUUAAGGCCUCAGUAACGUGGACGACCAACCACAAAAUGCAGUUGACCUUUGCUCAUCCUUUGUCACUGCUUAUGUAUGGCAGGUAUACAGCUGCUCUGUUUUUCUCCUUAUCAAACAGCAUUAUUUAAAUCCACAUACAAAUAGAAAACACUUUUUUUAUUUAAAUUCACAUGCAACUGAAAGGCAUUUUCUAUAUAUUUCAAAUGAAAAAUAAAAAUACCGGUCGGUAAACUAUGUGUUUGCUUAAAUUGUAUUGUAGAUCAAAUAUAUGAUACAACUUGUCUUGAGUGCAAUUAUUGUGAUCUAGGAUUCUUGUUUUACUAAUUAAUGCUGUUUGAUAAAAGCAUGCAAGGUGUGAUUUUUGUCACAAGGGUUGAAAGAGAUUUUCAUGCUAAGUGUGUGACUUGUUAGAAGGGGGUUAAGAGUCCUAUUAUACUUAGAUGAAUCCGCCGUGAAGGAUGGUAUUGCUAAUUUAUUUAUCGGUAGACUUGAGAGGGCAGUCCACUGGGCCAUGCUGUGGCGGAGCCAAUAUUUCCUAUCAACGUCGUCUUCAUUCUACUGUACUGCACAAUUGUUCCAAUUGACUCUUCUUCGUCUGGUUCCUUGUCUUCCUCUUCUUCUUCCUUUUAAACCCAUCAAACUCCACUAGACACGGCCGUAACCACUCUCCUAAUUCUCCUUGUCCAUCCUCCUCCUUCCAACAAUGCCUCGAGUCAAUACGGAGAGGUUGGCCAGCAACACUAGCUUAACCAUCGGCCUGGGAGAUGCCACGUUGGAGGAUGUCGAUGCUGAUCCUAAUUAUCACAUCGCCUACGGCACCGUCGAGGUUCCGGCCGUGGGGUGGAGCCUCGGCUACCGCGUCUAUGACCGGGAGGAGUCGACCAAAGGCGGCACCAACCCCAAGUCCCGCUCCUUAGGCUCCGACCGAUUCUCCUGCUCGAAGUCGAACCCGCUGCCGUCGCCGACGGCCUCCAAGAACAAGCCGCCCAUCAUCGCCCUGCCCCGCGCCAACGUCCAGGCGGCGUCAGCCUAUGACGGCCGCUCCGUCCGACGCCCCACCCAGUGCAGGUUCUUCCCCAAGGAUAAGAAGAAGAAGCGGCCGGCGGUGUCGGAUGCGGAGCCGGGAUCCCCCAAGGUGUCCUGCGUCGGCAAGAUACUGUCGGAGAAGGAGCGGUGCCGCCUCCGGCGGAAGGAGGGGAGAAAGAAGAGGAGCAGUUGGAUAAAUAUGUUCCGGUGCAUAGGCCACGGCCGCGCCGGAGAAGGAAGCGUCAUCGAGUCUAAAGUGGUGUCGGCGCAGCAGGGUUUGGAUAACUUGUCGCUGAAGGGCGGCGCAGUGUUGACAAAGACGAAGACGAAGACGGGACAAGGGUCUGCGUCCGUAGACUCUUGCGACAGCGUUAAGGUGCCGGGGGUGGACGCGAUGAAGCGGUUAUCGUCGGGGCGGCGAGCGGCGUCGUGGGGUGAGGAAGCGGAGCUGAAGGCGAAGAGCCGGCGCACGGUCGGUCCGGACGAAUAGCGGAUGAAUCGGGUUUGGAAUUUCGGGCACAGCGGGGCCCACGUGCUCCUUUCUUUCCGAAAGAACCAUGACUUUUCUCGUCGAAGAUAUUUGGAGGAAAAGGAAUGAGAUCAAUAAACUUUCAAUAAAUUUAAAAAGAAAAAUAUUUUUUUUAAAGAAAAAAAGAUGAUAGAAUGUUUAUGUUGCCUGUUUAAAUAUUUCUCCUGUAAACAAAUUAUAAAGACAAUAAAUAUAUUUAAUAGCAAGGGGCUCAUGGUGUCUAUAACUUUGAGCACUAGUCUUUUGUCUUUGUGGUAGAUAUCGUUGAUGGUCAUGCAAAGCUUGACAAGACAAAGUCCUUGUACCGUCCUUACAACCAUGACAAUCAAUCUUGUCGACUUGUGAUUGAACUACAUAAAUAA